CGCCUUGCAAACAAACCCACGACGAGCCGUCGAAUCCAGCAAGCCCCAGCGCAGCUCGUGCGACGUGGCCCGUGCGUGUGCGUGCCACGCGGUUCAGACGCGCCGCGCGGCGCUGGGAGAGCCGGCCGUCGUCUGAUCGGAGGCCAGCCGUGUGCCUCGCCCUCAUCCUGGUGCUCGCUGGAGGGUGGAGGCUGACGACGACGACGCCUUGCUAAUUUGCAGCAGGGAGAGAGAGAGACACCCCAGCCGUCCGAGAGCGGUCGGGCGGCUGUGCUGGUGGACCAAAAAUAGCGAGCGACCGUGCCAUGCAUGCCGCGCGCUGACGAGGCGUUCGGCACGGCUCCGCUCCGCCUCCGCUCCACCAACCGAGGAUUAGGCGUCGUCGCCCCGUGCCACAGGCGCCGCGCCCAGAUCGGUGACCGGCGGCUGGUGCGCGCGCGCGCGCAUGGCGUUGCCCCUGCAGAACGGCCUCCCCGGCAGGGCGCCGGCCACGCCACCGCCGACGCAGCUCAUGGAACGGCUCUCGUCGUCAGACGGCAGCGCCGAGGCAGAGGCGGAUGCUGACAGGAUCCCGGCGGCGGUGUUCGAGCGGGACCCGUCCGAGUCCAACAAGGACUGGAGCAUGAUGUCCACGGAGUCGGUGUUCGGCCUCCAGGUCGCGCCGUCCAGCGACUUCACCGGCUUCUUCCUGGCGCACCCGGAGCUCAUGGACAUCGCCACGCCGCCGCGCAGCAGCGCCGUCAUCGACGCCGACAACGAUGCCAAGGCCGCCCCUGCCAUCGUCUCGCCGCCCUUCGAGAGCAUCCCAGAGCUCCCCGAGAGCGCCAUGAAGGGGAACUACUCCUUCGCCUUCCCAAAUUUGAUAGAGGACAAGAGGAACUACUCCAAGAAGCAGUCUCAUCGAGACCACCAGCCGGAAGCAGCAGCAGCAACGACGGAGGCGGUCAAGGCCGCGCCAGCACCGCCAGUAGUUGAAGCGAAGGCGGAGCCGCAGCCGGAGACAAGAAGCAAACCGGAGGCAGGAAAGGGCGGCUUGUUCUCCUGCUUCCCCUGCUGCUGAUAAGCAAGCAAAAUGCAGCGGCCAGCAUGAUGUCUCUGUAAAUAGCCACUUGGGCGUUAGGGUGCGAGGAAAUGUGAGGGUAAGUGUAAGGGCAAGGGGUUUCCGGGUACAAAGAUGGUGUUGGAGGUUCUUGCAAUGCAAGGAAGUAUAUAUAUGUAUGUAUGUCGAAUUCAGAAUGGCUUACUUGCUUCACUGGCGGUGCAAACGAUCUUUUUAUGUACUAUGGAGACACUGAACAAUUCCAAGUC